AUGAUAAAUUUAGGUAUACGUCAGUACUUUCCGGAUCGUUCACCCGAUCCUCACUGCAUACUUUCGACAACACCAAUAGUCUUAGUGAGACCAUUACUUCCAAAACGGCCAAAAAGAAUUCUCUUCAUAAGGACCGCCCCGAGGUCGCUGGAUUACCGCAAAUUUAUAAGAGAAACUUGGAAGCCACAAGUUGAGCCGAUAGCACCAGUCAUUUUUGUUUCCGCCAAAGGGGCAGACAUAGAAGCAGAAGCUAGCCAAUUCCAAGGAACUAACAUACUACAAUUUGAUUUUAUCGACUCCUACCAUAAUUUGUCACUGAAAAUGAUGGCAAUUUAUGGGUAUGUAUUAGGAGAAGUGCCAUCUGUGGAGAAUAUUAUCAUUACCAAUGACGACACUGUUGUAAACGCCACAGCACUCACUCAGCUUCAUCUCAACAAAAGAAAAGGGUCCUGGAUGCUAGGCAAAGUAUCUCGCGGUUAUCCGCGCUUGUUCAUGCCCUGGUUACCUUGGCAUGUCCCAGGACAUAUGUAUCCAAACCUAUGCUAUCCACGAUUUACGCAGGGGUCUUCGUUCAUCUUAUCGCGAUCCGCAGCUCAACUUCUAUUAGACAAUAUCUGCAAAACUCCUUUUGUUCAUCUUGAUGACAUUCUCAUGGGUAUAAUAGCUUCUUGCGCUCGUCUUCAAUUGGUGCAUCACGACGGUUUUGACAAGCACACGUUUGAAAACUUUGUCGUCUACCACUACCAGUACUCUCGACAUUCACCUUCGCAUUUACAACAACUUUGGAAUUCGUUGAACGCAUCUUCCACAUAA